UAUUCAGAGCAAAUGUGUCAACGGCAGAGAUUACCUCUAAUCCAAAGCAGUGUGCAGUGAUGUGGCCUGUAGUUUGGACUGCGAUGCGCACCUAUGCGCCUUACGUCACCUUUCCUGUAGCUUUUGUGGUCGGCGCUGUGGGCUACCACCUGGAGUGGUUCAUUAGAGGGACCCCUAAACCUCGGGAGGAAGAAAAGAGCAUCUUGGAACUAAGGGAGGAAAGAAAGCUGCAGGAACAGUUGGGAAAAGACAGCACUCAGGUGCUUAGCCUGAAAGAGAAACUGGAGUUCACACCUAAAGCAGCUCUCAACAGGAACAGAGCUGAGAAGAGCUAACUCGUGUCAUUGUGACAGACUUGUGUUUUGCAGUUUUUCACCAGGAGGAAAGUGCUCUAAGGGUAGAACCCAUUGUUCUACUCACCUGAAUGUCACUUUCUCAUUUAUCAUUUCCAAAAAUGAAACCAAACAUACCCUUUCAACUGCUUUAGAUCAGGUAAACAUCUCUUGUAUAAGUGAAUACGCAUGAUUUGAAAAUGCAGAUAGAUCAAGAUUUUAGCAAAGCCACUGUAAUAACCACCUAUUUAUUAGACCUUAGGGUCUUUCAGUAUUGAUCUAAUUCAGUGUGUCUUUUUUGUCUGCAUGUACAAAUACAUUUAUUGACUUAUUCACAUCAUAUUACAUCAAUAUGACCCAGGUUUUGUUGUGACUUUGUUUUUAAGUCACUCAAGUUGCUUUUAAUUGCAAUAUUUUUCUGGAUAACUUUUUCUAAAUGUGAAUAAUUAAGGAGUAAUUAUGUUGCAGGAAGUUAAAAGGUUCUCUGUUGAUCAUUUGGUCCCACAAGGCCUUUAAAGGUAUGUGUCAAAAUAAGCCAGCAAUACAGCCGUUUUCUCAAGAUGUCUAAUCUUUUUAGGAGUAGAGUCUUCGUAACCUGAACAUAAUGCUUUCAUUUUAGAAAGUGUGGAUGGUUAGUCUACUCCAAAUGUGUUAAUUGUGUGUCAAAUAAAUGAUGUUAAAUAAAGGAUGUGCUUAUG